UGCAGAUCACUUCCAUCAAGCAACUACAUAUCAUAAACUGCAAACAAAAUGACAACAAAGAUUGCAAUUGUUGGUGCUACUGGGGAAACCGGAGGGUCAAUUGUUGAUGGCCUCCUCGGAUCCGAAAGCCAAUUUGAAAUUACAGCUUUGGUGCGACCAAGCUCAGUUGAAAAGCCAGCGACUAUCACCCUAAAGGAAAGAGGCAUCAAAAUUGUGCCAAUCGAUCUGGGAGGAAACCAUGAUGAGCUGGUUGCUGCUCUCGAGGGAAUUGACACAGUCAUCUCGGCCAUUCAUUUUCAGUCACUUGAUGAUGAGAUUCCACUAUCCAAUGCAGCCAAGAGAGCUGGCGUGAAGCGAUAUGUCCCGUGCUUCUUCGCUACCAUUGCCCCUCGUGGUGUAAUGGGUAUUCGCGAUCGAAAGGAGGAAAUUCUUGACCAUAUUCAGCGGAUCUAUCUUCCUUACACUGUAAUUGAUAUAGGCUGGUGGUACCAGCUCACCCUGCCCCGAGUCCCAUCCGGCAAGCUCGAUGGCAGCCUCGUAUUCCCUAACAACAACAUCAUUGCGGGCGGUAACAACCCUUCUGCACUCACGGAUGUUCGCGACAUUGGAAAAUAUGUCGCAGCCAUCGUUAGCGAUCCAAGGACCAUCAACAAGAGAGUGUUGGCAUAUUCAGAGCUCAAAACGCAGAAUGAGAUCCACAAAUUGGUCGAGAAAGUGAUUGGCGAGAAGCCAGAGCAUACCAGUAUGUCCAAGGAGCAGCUCGACGAACAGCUGGCCCCAUUCAAAGGCUCCAAGGAACAUAGCCAGAUGCGUGGUAUCUACGAGUACUGGAUGUCUUGGGGCGUACGAGGCGACAACACGCCAGAAAAUGCCGUAUACCUUGGGUAUGUUCUUGCCAAGGACUUGUAUCCCUCGCUUCAAGGUCGCAGCCUGGAGGAGUUCAUCCAGGAUGCUGCCGAAGGAAGGGUCAAGAAAGUCUACCAGCAUUGAUAGUCUAGCUGUUUAUGCCUCUCGGAAGAAGCAGUACGUAAUGUUGGCCAUUCAAGGCAAAAGUUUUGCGAGGCCCAAUAGGAUGUCAGUAUAAUACCAACAUAUUAAGAAUGC